AUGGCAUCUCGUGGCAGUCUCUUCUCACAGACACUCCUUGACAUCACCAACACAAAGCUAGAUGAACUUGCAAAGGGUCGUGCUUCAUUCCAAGCCCAUCACGACCAGAUACUCAGUCUACUAAAUGGUCCCAACGAUGACCCUAUAGCCAGACUGUCUGCUAUAGUCGAUGGAUUGAAGACUUGCUUCGGAGUAGUCAUUUCCGAUGGCCGAGUUGUUCGCGGCGGGACUGGCAAUGAGCAUCUAGAGAUCACACUUAGGAAUCUCGACCGAUUCCUUGCACAGGCGAAAUACGACCCUAGUGUAUCGCCUAGAAUUCUAUCUCGGUGGCAGGACCUGCUCCUCAGCCACCUGGAGAAUCAGUCGCAAAAGUACAAGUAUGCCUCGUUGUACGCACAACUAACAACCGAGUGGCUUUCUGCGAAAAACGAGCCUACUGCAACUCAUCAGGGUGACGGGGAUGUUAGUAUGGAUGAGUUUGAGCAUAUUUCUAGCAGUCAAAAACUAGAAGCUCGAGAGGCUUGGGAAAAGUCGGUGUUCGAAGCUCCCAACAUUGAUACAGACGCCAUUCAGCGGGUCCUACGAGACCUAUUCGAGGCCACUCCAGACGAUGUAAAAAAUCUUCCCAAUGCUUUACAGGCACUUCGCUGGCGGACUGCCAAAUUUGAGCAAGCUCUGGCAUCCCCGGGAAUUUUCAACACGGCCAGUCUGCAGGAAAGUAUCAAGAGCCUUCUUGCAUCAGAUUUGCUCGACGAUGAGAAGAAAGACGUCCUAAAAGACUUUUUGAACAAUUCCAUCACCCUGAAAGAAAUAUCAGAUGUACUGGAUAGGCGACUGAAGUCAGUACAGGAGUGGUCUUGGGGCAGCGAGGUUCUACUUGAGCAACGCCGGCAAGUCAACGGUUCCUUCAAAAUCUAUAUGCACGAAGACCUUUUACAAGCGAUUUUCCUCCAGCAUAUCGGCCUCAAAUGGUCUGUAUUUUGGAAGAGUUCAUUGUCUCAAUUUCAACAGUCAGAAGGCAUAUGGAAAUCCCCCGGGAGCUCAAUAUCAUCUCUGGAAAAGAUGCGACGACAGUAUUUUCUGGGCCCGUUAAAUAGCAACGAUAGCGUGGCUAGCUCAAAAGAAGGGAUCUACAGUGAAAAAUACUUCUUAUAUAAUCUCCCAACUUCAAUGAGUUUGGAUGUAUCCCCUGAACAAGGGGAAGAGGAAGCGCAGGUGGCUCGAUCUAAAAAGGCAAAAAAAGGUCUGAUGUCGGUGCAGAUGCAACAACAAUAUGUGGCGCAGAUACCAGAACCAGUCAUACGUAGACGAGUUCUACCAAAGCCACAACAAGCACUGGAUAGUUAUGAUAGCCAUAAUAAUCGACCACCAACGCAGCGACUUUCACCCAUGGCUACGAAGCAAAAGUUACUGCAUCUGCUGUCUACUGACAUUCUCAUCCAAACUCGCUUGCAAGGCGGCAUUACUUGCUUCCGUACACAAGUCGCCAAUCUUUUUGCAUCGCUCCCGCAUGCAACAAUUUCGACGAUAUUAUCCUAUCUUGGGGUCUCACAGAAAUGGAUAAGCUUCUUCAAACGGUUCCUCUCUGCGCCUUUAAAGUUCAUGGACGAUUCUUCUUCAGCACCGCCUCGAGAGCGGGCAAACGGAACGCCUGGCUCGCAUGUGCUAAGUGAAGUGUUUUCUGAAGUUGUCUUGUUCUGUCUCGAUUUUCAAAUCAAUCAAGCGACCGACGGUGAAAUCCUGUGGAGACUUGGGGAUGACCUCUGGUUCUGGUCUGCCGAUCACGAAAUCUGUGUCAAAGCCUGGUCAACAAUAAACAAUUUCGUCGGGUUGAUGGGUCUGGAAGCCAAUGAGUCGCGCACCGGUUCUGCACGUAUGUGCCGAAAUCCUAAAGACAAGUACAGCAUCGACCCAGUAGAAUGCAAUGGCCUGCCAGCAGGAACAAUAUGUUGGGGCAUGUUACAGCUAAAUCCAAAGAGUGGCCGUUUCGAAAUCGACCAGGAAAUGGUUAACGAACACAUUUCUGAGCUCAGUCGACAGCUGAAAGGACAAGAAAACAGUGUGUUUGCCUGGAUUCAAGCAUGGAAUACCUAUGCCGCAACUUUCUUCACGUCUAAUUUCGGAAAGUCAGCCAACUGCUUUGGUCGCUCACAUGUAGACAACAUGCUUGCUACUCAUGAGCGCAUUCAGCGUCAAGUUUUCUCGUCUGCUGGUGGCAUAGAGUCUAGUAUGAGUGUGGAAUCAAAGUCAAAUGGCAGUGUCAUCGAAUAUCUUAAAUGGGCUAUUAGAACCCGUUUUGGUGUUGAAAAUAUACCGGAUGGUUAUUUCUACUUUCCUACUGAACUUGGAGGUUUAGAAGUGCGCAAUCCUUUCAUCGGGUUGCUUCAAAUUCGGGACUCUGUUUUAGGAGACGCAAACAAACUCCUUGAUCAGUUUGAAUAUGCGGAGCGUGAAGAUUACCAAACUCUCAAGGUCAACUUUGAGAGUGGCAGGGUACCCCAAACAGACCGACACUUCCGCCCCAACGAUGGAAAUACGUUCUUUUCUUUCCAAGAGUACAUUAAAUAUCGCGAGUCCCUCCCUCCAUAUUUCACCAGUAAUAUGACGCUGCUGAGUGUGCGUAAUAAGUUUCUCGAAGAGCCCAAACAGGAAGCCGUCGAGACUGCAUAUAAUGGCGAUAUCCAGACUGCUAUCAGUGCGCUGGACGCCGACUCCAAGGGUAUAUUGCAGAAUUGGGAUUCCAUGGAACCAUACUGGAAGUGGGUUGCCCAGCUUUACGGACCAGACGUGAUUGAAAGCUUUGGAGGUCUCAGAAUUGUCGAUUCCGGAUUGUUGCCGAUUGGUAUGGUUAGCCUAUUCCGAAGUGGUCGGGUGAAGUGGCAGGAGUAG